CUUCAGUCCUUUCCUCACAAAUCAGGGGUUGUCAGAGAGGAGGUGCCUUAUGCUGUAACUCUCUGGCAUAAACAACAGCUAUGUGACUUUAGUGAUUUGGAAAGACCAAAUCUAGGUUUAACACCUCACGGAACCACCGUCUAACUUACGGCCGGUGUUUUGCUUCGUAUUUUUGGAAAUGUAAUCUCAAUUGUUCCUAGCUAGCUGCUUAGCUUCCGGGUUAGCUCGAAACUUUGACUGUCUUGCUUUCUCCGACUCGAAAUUCAAACCAAAUCUAUCAUACAGUAGUACUCCCGCGUGACUUUUGCACAGAUUUGACAGCGAAAAAAGCAACAUGGAAUCUUUUUUUAGCAGGAUUAGUCCUGUUAAGACGAACAGGCCCGACCGGAUCCCCGAGCUUUCCUUGCCCUCUCUGCUUGAGCACAGCACUAAGACCUCGCACUGCAGGAAUCUGUUUUCCCCUGGGCCCACGGCUGUGCUGUCUCCUGUUACCAAUUUGGCUAUGGACAUGAACAAUUUAGCUGGACUCGGAAGCCAAUGUGAUACCCCGAAAAGGAGAAAGCAUGCACCCCUCGAGAAGGUUCCCUCCUUCGCCUCUGACGUCUCAUCUGAUGCUGGCCUGGGCAUGGAUCUCCCCAGCCCACUAGAUGCCAUCGAAGUGGAAGACACAUUUGAAAAAGCCAUUCGAGAGUCAAGCAGAGUUGUCAAUGAGAGAAUGCCAAUUCGAAGAAUCAACUCAUUGCCCCUCCAGCUCAUGGCCUUCAGUCCAGCUCUGAAGGGGCAGCAAAAUGAUCCAAACCGCUAUGGAGUAUUUGGUCAGCAACCUUCCCAAGUAUCCACCUCUCAGCAUGAGAAUAAGGAGAACAUGCCAGAGGAAAGCUUUGAAUUCAAGAAACCCACCAAACCUGCUUCGCGGUGUCGUGGGCGAUCCUUUAACAACGGGCAGUCUAAGGAUGCCUUUGCCUGCCGUCCCAGCUCCGCACCAGCCCUCAUGCUUUCUUCACCUCCUCCGGUGCAGCAGCUUGACUUUCAUGACUCCAGCCCCAUGUUUCUGAGAAGUUCCUCCCUCACCUCCUCAAAUGAUGAUGAAGACGAUGGCUUUUUGGAUGUACUUGAUGACAACAUGGAGAAUGACUCUGGGGUACCGAUGGGCAUGGCCAGCUUACUCACUGCCCCACUGGUGGCUGACAGUAUAGGAGAAGACUCUGUAAGUCCUGUGAUUCGGUGCAGACCACGAAGCCUGUUUCGCUCUCCUUCGAUGCCCAGUCCUGUUUCCCGUCUCUCUGUGAAGCGCGCUGACCGCCCCGGAGAUGAAAAUACACCCAUCAGGGUGAAGAGGCGGCGUAGCCUUGCAGGAACGCAAGUAACCACCCUGGAACAAAACCCAGAAUCCCCAAGAAUGGGCUGCUCACUGCUCCAGAGGUCCAAGUCGUUCUGCCAGGCAGAGAUUGAAAAGCUGUUGGACAGUGAGGCUGGUUCUAAUGAGCUAAUAGGCGAUUUCACCAAGCCUUUCGUUCUACCCACAGUGCAUGGAAAACACCAAGACCUCAAAUACAUUACCUCAGACAUGAUGGUGGCAGCUCUCACUGGCCAGUUUGAUCAUGUAGUUGAACAAGUCAUCGUCAUUGACUGCCGCUAUCCUUAUGAGUUUGAAGGAGGACAUAUCAAGGGAGCGCUAAACCUACACCAGGAGGACCAGGUGAAGGACUUCCUCCUCAAGAACCCGAUUGUCCCAUCCAGCCCAGACAAACGAAUCGUCAUCAUCUUCCACUGCGAGUUCUCCUCGGAGCGCGGCCCCCGAAUGUGCCGUUUCGUCAGAGAGCAAGACCGCGCCAUGAACGAGUAUCCCAAACUUCACUACCCCGAGCUCUACAUCCUCAAGGGUGGCUACAAGGACUUCUUCCCUCAUUUUCAGGCACAAUGUGAACCUCAGUCUUACCGACCCAUGCACCAUGAGGAUUUCAAGGAGGACCUGAGGAAGUGCCGCCUCAAGAGUCGCACCUGGGCCGGAGAGCGCAGUAAGAGGGAGAUGUACGGACGACUGAAGAAGCUGUGAGCACGUCCUCAUCUUCCCAACCUCCCGCUAAAACACACUGCCUCUCCAUGAAACGGACUCAGUGCAACCUCCUCAUGUGUCUAACGCCUCACUCUAACCAAGGAGAAAUGCCUUCUGUGAUUGCGCCAGCAGAAAAAGGGAUUUUUAAAUUUCCUACAAAGUUUCAUUUAUAGCCAAUUUAGUUAUUUAUGCGAGUUAAAGAGAGAAGGAUGUGGAAUGAUGGAUCCUUGAAGAAAUCAGCAGUGCAGUGAACAGAUUUUAUAAAGGUGAUUUGAAACAAUUUGUAUGUUUUAACAAAACAAACCACUAGGACCUACUGCCUGUUUUUUACCUUUCCUUUUUUUUUUUUUUUUUUUUUAAAUAUAAGCUGGCAUUAGUGAUAUGAAUCAAUGCCAUAUUGCAAUAUACAAACAGACCACACUGCCAGGACUUUGUCUUUCAGUCCCCCCCACUGGAUUUUUUUCUUUUUUCUUUUAAUGUCAUGUACUACAUUAUAUCAGCACUUAAUUAAAGAAAAAAAAAAGUUGAAUUGGAGAGGUGUCCCUGUCCCCAAGAUUUUUAUAUAUACAUACACACACACACACACUUUGUUUUUAAAGAAUGAUUUGAGUAUUCUUUGGAGUGUGCAUUUCUCCAGGCAUUCCAAAAUGCAAAUUGGAUACUUAAUGAUAACAUGUGAAAGCACAAGAUCAAUGCAGAGCUUUGCCCCAUCACCUCCACCCACAUCUGUUGCAAUAAUUAUUUUCCUCAGUCAGAAGAUACCAAAGCAAACAAAGCUACCUGUUUACUUUGCAGUGAGAUUUCUCUGAUGCUGCAGGUCAGCAAGUGUGGAAAGAUUUUUUUUCUUUUUUUCUUUUUCUGUCUUAUAAGAAGUCUUUUGUUUCGCUUUGACACCUUUUAAAAUCCAGAGAGAACUGUCUAACCCUCUGCCGAGCUAAUAAUGUUGGUUUAUAAUGAGCAGGGUGCUUUUGGUAUUUUGGUCCAGGCUUGCGGGGGAGCUGCUGAAAUAAAGAUCUGAUGUGUGUUGAAAUGAGAUGAA